CUGUAAGUACCAAAACAUGUUUACAUACAAGUGGCCCCUACCCGCCCUACACUAAGCACCUUGCGGACAUUCUUGAUGAGGCUUCUCUCUCGGAACCAGAAAGAUAAACUAGUUCCGACUGUAACUUGCCAGGUUUGGUUAUCAGGGCCAUGUCAUUAAGGGCCCACCUCCGCAGUCGUUUCCAGAAGCAGGCUCCUCCCACCGAGGGAGCCCUCCAGAAGCGGGGCUCCACCUCGUCCGAGGUUCUCGCCUCCUCGGGGUCGGACGACAUCAAUUCCAGUACGGAAGAGCAGUCACUGAGCGAUCAUGCAGCAGAGGGAGGGUCGCCAUCAGCCAGCAGGAAAAAGUAUGACAGAGAAGGGGCAUCCGGGGACCCUUCAUCACCAGGAACCAAGAGGAAGAAGGAGAGAAGAAACAGUCAGGGUCGGCAGCCUGAGGAGUCCCAUCAGAGGUCGGGGGCGGUCACCUCCAAGACAAGCCAAUGGGAUGAGAAUGAGAAGAGUAUUUAUGAGACGCAGUUGAGGACACUCCAAGAGCAGCUAGUGGACACCAUGAUACAGAACCAGACACUACAAUCUGAACUGGGCAAAUUCAAGGCCAACAGUGACAUGACUCAGGUGCUGCAGAUGCUGGACCGAGAGAAGGACCGGUGUACCAAGCUGUCCCAGGAAUGCGACGAACUACACCAACAACUGGAAAACAUCGAGAGGAGAAGUUACAGUGUUGAAGAGCACCCUUCAUCCGUUGAACUUGGUGUGGAAGCUGAUUCUGCGGACCUGCCUUCAAGCUCUGAUAUCCAGCCGCUACCGAAGAAGCCCACCUUGAAGUACCAAGUGCAGGAAUGGGUGGUGAAUAAAGUGUACGAAGUGAUGUCCGACUUCACGGAGGAUCCGGAGGACGAGAAGACAGCUGAGAAUGACGAGGGAGAGGAGUUGGCCGUCAAGAAGUGGGUGGAAAUUUGACUGAAAUGACCAGGUUUUUUUGCUGUUGAACAGGGGGCUCAAGUGUCCUUAGGCUGGGCAGGUUUCCAGGCUGAAAUCAGUGGGGAAUGGUUUCCGGCAUUGCGCAUUGCACAAACCAACCAUAAGCUUUUCUCCCAGCUCAUAAAAGAAGUAUCUUAUAAGUCAGAAUAUUCCUUGGAGAACACUGCUUACUCCAAUUAGGAACACUCGCUUAUAUAUUUCAAUUUAGAACAAUGCAUGCAUGUUUAUGUUACUCACCCAGUGUGUAGACAUUCCUUUGUUUUUGGCGUGUUAUGAAAAGUCGGUGAAGAUACUCGUUUUUCAGGCACUGUGAACGCUCUUUUAAGUUGGAUUUCUGUAGUUGGCUCCUUGACUGUUCUUCUUUUGGCUACAGAAAACUCAACCCUAAAAGUAGCCUCUAAAACUGGUUUCCAGAAAGGAGAUUUAUCCUGUAUGGAUUUACAUGUAGCUUUGUCCACAGCAAAAAUGGUAUAGCACUGCUUCGCGGCGCAAAAUGGAGAACUCUGCCAAAAAGGUGUUAUCAUCAUGGGCGCCAUUUGAGUGUGUACGUUGGCGCAGGCAUACCAGGUGUGUGUGCCUGUCACGGUGCCUGCACCUGUUGCAUUAACAUAGCGUAUUCCCACCCAAAUGGCGCCUAUGCAAUAACAACGUUUUUUGUGUAUUCAUGGUGAAGUUCUCCAUCUUGCUCCGUUUAGUGGUGCUAUACGAUCUUUGGUCCACACAAGGUUUGCACAACCUGCAGUACAAGUAUGUUAACCUUUUCCAUUCACGGGUCCACGCUAGGUGUGUAUAAGGUUGGCACAUAUUCCUGAAUGGAAAUACUGGUUGUCUUUGUGCACACUGACUAGGGAACUGUGUGUUCUCUUAAUAGGAAUACAGUGAAUGUCUACUGGGAACACGUAGAGUUCCAAUAAGAAGUAUUCCUGUGGAAACAACAUUCGAACGUUACUUUACAUUGGCUACCCGAGUGCAUUGAGAUCCACAAUAACUUUGGAAAUUGAGUUUACCUGACAGGAUCGAGGUAGACAAAUUGAUAGCUACCUGAACCUUAGCACGCUCCAUUGACUACUCUGAACCGUGGUUACAGAUUUGCCCUUUUCCUUGGCACAUGCGCACAAAUUGGUUUCACAAUUUGAAAGCCUUUCCAUUAAAUGCAACACUUGUUCUGCGCCCCUAUGUAGCGUGUAUACAUCUGUCAUGUGUACAGUCUGUCUGAACUUCAAGUCCACGUGCAUGUAGUUGGACACACAGGGCAUCAUUGAUAUCUACUUGCUAUUUCAAAUGGAGCAAUAUCCCCAGAAUAUUACAGUUUGGUCUUCAGGCCUUAGCAAGGAAUCGUUUUUAUUUCACUGAUUUUAGCUGUUUUAUCUGACACCAUAACAACCAUGCUCAUGUAAGAACAUGCACCUGUAUACAUGUACUUCAGAGGCAUGAUACGAGCGUGAGUAGAACAUGGAAUAAUGUUGUGUGUCUGUGUCCCGUAAACUUGAUUUGUAGUAGUAAG